AUGAAAUUCUUCGCUACCAUUUCAUCUUUCUUUUCCUUUUUUCCUUCUUUUUCCUUUAUUCUUCAUUAUCAUUCCAACUUAGUUAUUUUCAUUCCUUUCUAUUCUUUCUGCCACAUUUAUUUAUCCUUUCUUUUCAAACAUUUUGAAUUACACCUUUCUUUUUUUAUUUCAUUCUUUUCCUUCGAGUUUUAUUAUAUUAUUUUUCUUUUUCUUUAUCAUUGGUCUGAUUCCUUGCAUUCUCUUCCUUUCUUUCUUUCUUUCUUUCUUUCUUUCUUUCUUUUUCUUCAAUUUCCACAUGUGUUUUUUAUUGGUCUGAUUCCUUUUUUCCCUUCUGUUUUUUGUUUUUUCGCUCUUUCUAUUUUUCUUUCUUUCUUUUUCUUCCGUUUCCUCAUGUUUUCUUUUUGCUUUUACUUAUUCAUGUUUUAUUUUAUUCUUUAUUCUUCUGAUUCCAUUUCUUUCUUCGUUUUUUCGUUUAUUUUUCUUUCUUUUCUUCAGUUUCCUUUUAUUUUUCGGGUUUUAUUUACAUUCUUUAUGGGUCUGAUUGAUUUUCUUCCUUUCCUUCUUUCUCUAUCUCUCUAUUUAUUCUCCCUUUCUUUCUUUUUUUUCUUCUGUUUCAUUUUAUUUUUCAUAUUUUUCUUCUUUUUCUGA